GGUCCCUGUCCCAGCCACCGGGAUUUACCCUGGCAGUGCCGCAGUUGGUGUCGGUGCAGGAGGGUCUCUGCGUUCUCGUCCCCUGCACCUUCACGUACCCAGCCUCGUAUGACACCGACAAUCCCUCGGCCCAGCUAUACGUACACUGGUACAAGGAGCCUGCUACUGUGGGCCAGGAUCCUCCUGUGGCCACCAGUGUCCCCAGCACGGGGGUGUCGCAGGAGACCCAGGGCCGGUUCCGGCUGACGGGGGAUCCAGCGCUCGGCGACUGCUCCCUGCAAAUCAGUGAUGCCCGACGGACGGAUGUGGGGAGAUAUUUCCUUAACAUCGAGAAAGGCAUGUUAGAUCACACUUACCGCUCCAAUUCCGAUGGCACUGACCCUGCGCUCACGAUCUCUGUGGGAGAGCUGAUGGAGGAGCCAGAGAUCCAGAUCUUGCCGGCGCGGGGGCUGCCAGGGACGCUCGUGGCCGGUAAGCCAGUGUCUGUGACCUGCACGGCUCCAGGGCGCUGCUCCGGGAUCCCUCCCCGAGUCACCUGGAGAGGGCCGUUCAGCGACACAGCCCGGAACGUCUCAGCCCCGCUGGCAAACGGCACCUGGUCCCACAGCUCCGCGCUUCACUUCACACCCACCCAGGGGGACCACGGCAAAGAGCUCGUCUGCAUCGUCACCUACAGCUCAGCACAGGGACCUUCCACCCGCAGAACCGUCCAGCUCCUUGUCGGCUAUCCGCCUGGGCCCCUCAGCAUCUCUGGAACCCUGACCAGGAAAGGACACCCCGUGCUGGAAGUGUCGAGAGCUGAGGGUGACGUGUCUCUGGAGACCCAGGAGGGCGACUCCCUGAGUCUGAGCUGUGAGGCUGGGAGCAGAGCCGAGGCCAUCCUGAGCUGGGCCAAGGGGCAUGAGUCCCUCAGCCCUGGCCAGGGAGGGGACGGGCACCUGGAGCUGUUGAAUCUCAGCAGAGGGGACGCUGGGGAGUAUUGGUGCUGGGCCAAGAAUUCCUACGGGUGGGCCAGCCGGGCCCUGCAUGUGCACAUGCAGUCUCCAUCAGGUGGCCUCACUUGGGCAUUUAUCGAAUUCAGCUGCAAACUCGUGUUCGUGGUGACUGGAUUCAUCCUGGCCUAUUACCUCACCCUGCUCUAUUACAGAUGGACACCCUGCUGCUGUUGUGGAAGCAGAAGGAAGGACCGGCCGGGAGCCCGGGAAUCCAGAAUGCCUGAGUCUGGCAUGCAGAUCAGGCCGUUCCUCAGCCACCAAAGUGUCGACAAGAAAUUGGAAUUUUACGGGACUGAGGAAAUGGAGGAUGAGACCUCAGCUGGGGGGACUGCCACUCCAAGUGAGGCCAACGGGCCCAUCUAGCCUGAUAUCCUGCCCCCUCCCUUCCCUCUGAAUCAGACCCAUGGGCCUGCAAAGCACGUGGAAACUGCCUGUAAUAUUUAUAUGACCAUGUGAUGUUAUUAAUAUGAAUUGUGAUCAUACAGAUCACUUUUGCAACCAAGGUCAUAUAGUGGCAUCAAAUCUUGUACAAAGGAGAUCAAGUAAGGUGUCUAUGAGGAGGUUAGGAUUUCCUGGUUAUGAUUGUGCUUUCUGUAUGCAGGUGUCAUUUUUGUAUUUAAAAUUAUAAAUAUUGGCUCUAUCCUGUCUGUAUUUCAAACUUGUGCCGUGCUACUGGGUGACACCUCACACAAUUUGGCAUCAGCACUAGCUAGCCUGCUUGAUGGCCCAUUAAGGACCAUCAACUAUACAAUUGACCCAUUGAGAGAAGGCAGAUACACCUUGUGACUCAGCAAGGCAUGCAGGGACAUGCCUAGGGACAGAAAUCUAAAGUUUUCUGUGCUGGGUAGCUUGUGUUUGGAACAAAGGAAGCAGAACCCACAUGGCAAAAGAACUAUAAAAGGCAGCUGCAUCAUUUCCAUUGUGUCUUCAAUCCUGCUUCUUACCUUUGAAGGAAAUUUGCUACACCAAAACUCUGAACAAAGGACUGAAUGACCCAUCCCAGCUGGGGAUGUUCCAGAGACUUGAUUUGAGCCUGCAGUUUAUUCCAUCACUGCUACAAGC